CCUUUGAUGCUUCAUCUGACGUCAUCACAACAACAACAACACCGUCCUGUGCAAUUCCCGAUAGUUCCCACCAAGUCGUAACAAAAAAAAAACAAAUUAGAGCGUCUGACUUCAAGAACUGAGGCACCUAAAGUCUAACCCAACGUGACAAGAGCGGAGCACCCGAGCCAUGGCGGGCACAGGGAGGCUGGGGGUGGACCUGGUUAUUGAUGACACCCACACCAACCCGUCCUGUGUACACGGUCCCACUGUGCUGUUUGAGAGAUUCCAAGGUAAUGGACAAAGCCGAAGAUUCUAUGCUUGCUCAGCCUGCAGGGACCGACGAGGGUGUACCUUUUUCCACUGGGCUGACCAGAAGAUCACUAGUAAUAAGCAGGCACUCUGGGCUCAUCUGAUUGUAGAAUCUACUCCAGCUAGGUCACAUGAGGAAGUAUAUAAAAGUUUGGAAGCAAUAAAGAAAUUACCAGUGACUGACCGAAGCUACUGUACUUCAUGCUCAACUUUACUGAGGAAAAAGGAAAUAUCUGAUCACGGUUCAUGUGUCCUUAUUUCCCCAAUCACUAACAAACACCUAAGUCAUCCAUCAACAGUAAGUGACACUUGCCCACACCUGAACAUGUCCUCACUCAUGAUGGACAUAGAUGACAGAUAUUGUUCGUUCUUCCCGCCCGAGCAGUUCAUCCGAUACAACAUGUUCAACCAUCACUUUUUUGAUGGGGAGAAGGCUAAGGACACCUACCAAAGGUUUAUUUCUGGAGAUGAAAAUUUAGUGCUAGUCACAGACCCACCUUUUGGAGGACGGAUGGAGUUACUUGCACAUAACCUAAAAAAAAUCCAGGAGGACUGGAGAAGAGCCAGGGGUCUAGACUCUCACCUGGAGCUGCCAGUCUUGUUCAUUUUUCCUUACUUCAUGGAGCCACAAGUUGUAUCUAACUUACCAAGUUUGACAAUGCUUGACUACCAGGUGGAUUAUGACAAUCAUCCACUCUACUCAUCAGGGCCAAAGGGCAUGAGAAAUGGAUCUGCUGUAAGAGUGUUUGUGAACCGUCCACAGUCAAUGUUUCCAUUGCCUGAAGAGGCUUAUAGAUUCUGUAAAGUGUGUGAUCGCUGGGUCAGCAUUAACAACCUACAUUGUGACAAGUGCAAUGGUUGCAUGUCGAAGGAUGGACGAACAUACAGACACUGUGAUGAAUGCAUGAAAUGUGUCAAGCCUUCAUGGAUCCAUUGCUCAAAAUGCUUAAAGUGUCAACCACAGGACCACAAAUGUCAAACACAUAAUGCUCUGGAAUUGACUUGUCACAUGUGUGGGCACUCAGGACAUAAACGUAUGGACUGUCCAAAACGAAAGGUGUGCCACACCUCAAUUGACAGAGAAGCUAAAAAGAGAAAGAAGAAGAACAAUUAUCCCCAGAGUCUUGAAGAUGAGAGGGAGAGAAAUCUAGAAAUAUUUUCCCAAUUGGCAACAUAGUAUUUCUGUGAUAAUUUUUAAUUAUAUUAUCCAAUAUUUAA